AUUAUAUUCACUUAUUCAUACAGCACAAAGCAAGGCAAAAUGCCCAUUCCUCUAGCAGCAUUAUCAUCAGCAUCAGCAUCAGCAUCACCAAAGCCCAAGCGGCGCGUCGCCGUGGUGGGCUCAGGGCUAGCAGGGCUAACAGCAGCGUACUUUCUACAGCGAGGCGGCUACCACGUAGAGCUAUUCGAAAAGGGCAGCUCCGUCGGAAUGGAUGCGGCAUCGAUCACAGUAGACAGCACGCGCAUCGACGUGCCCUUCCGGGUCAUAAUCCCAUCGUACUACCCUUACCUAACGGCCAUAUACAAGCACCUAGGGAUUGCCUUUGCGUCGGCCGAUUACUCUAUGGGAUUCAGCAGCGACAGCUCCUCGGUGUGGUCGUAUACGAAUCUGACACUGGGGGAUUUCCAGAUGCCUGUGCCAGAUGGGCUUGGGAUGCGGGACGUGGGCGUUACCAGAGACUGGAUGCGCAUCGGGUAUGCGUGCAUUCGCUUCAUGCGCCGAAUGCAAACCCUCAGCAGCGGCAGCACCACGAGGGAGGAGGAUGAGGUGUGGGCAUCGCUGCGCGGCAAAACGAUCGGAGAGUACCUUGUGGCAGAGGGCUACGGGGAAGACUUUGUGCAGCUGGUGUUUCUGCCCUUUUUGGCCAGUAUGUUCACCUGCUCGCUCGCCUCUGCCCUGCAAUACCCGGCGGACACCGUGCUGCACUUUGUGGCAAAGGCGGCGUUCGGUGCGCGGCUGCGCAAGGCGCGCGACGGCGUCCAGCGGGUAUGCCAGGAGCUGACGCGCAACCUGCGGCACAUCCACCUGAACACCACCGUGGACAGAAUUGAGAUCCCGGAGCCAGGACGCAUUACGCUGGUGUGCCAAGGCACGAGCCAUCGCUUUGAUGCCCUGGUGGUGGCGACUCCGGCGGAUACUGCGGCGAAGCUGGUUGCCCAGUGCAAGGUUGGAGGGGGCCUGCGGUAUCCGCCCAAACCGCUGGUGCGCGCCCUGCGUGCGGUGCCGUAUGAGGACGCGCACGUGGUGACGCACGGUGAUAAGUCGGUGAUGCCUGCGGAGCGAGCGCAGUGGCGCGGGGUGAAUCUGCGGACGGACUCCGGCCAUGGGCGCGCGACAGCGACGAUUUGGAUCAAUUACGCCGAGAUGACCGGCAAAGGCGUGCAUAUGCCUGGCGGCGAUCUGUUCCAGACCGUCGACCCGUCGCGGCCGCUGGAGCAUGUGGAGAGCAACGCGGAGUUCCACCGGUCGCUGUUGACGCUGGAGUCGCAGCGCGGGAUUAACGACCUGCACUGUGCCCAGGGGGAGUGCGGCGUGUGGUUUGUCGGCGCGUAUACGGCGCCGGGCGUGCCGCUGCUCGAGGGGUGCGUGCGGAUGGCUGUGGAGGUUGUCCAAGGGAUGGGCGUUGAUCUUCUGGGCAUUGAGCUGCCGCCGCCGCCGACCAGGCGGGGAGCCCUUGGUCGCGCAGAGUACGCCGUUGGGUUGGCGCCGGGCUUGGUUCGGGGCGAGGCUGUGGAGGCGUUUUUCGAGUGCGACUCGGCUCGCACUUUUGCCUUCCAAUGCCCGCCGGUGCAUCGCCUGGCGGAUGCAUUGGGGAAGAGCUCGCUGGUGGAUGUGCGCCGGUGGGCCGCCCGGCUUGUGGUGUGGGCUGCGUGGCAGCAUUUGCUGCCGCUGGUCCUGGGCCUAUUGGCUGCCCUUUAUGCGGCGCUGGGCGCUGUGCUGGGAACGCCGAUUGCUGCCCGCGUGCGGUCGCUGGUUCUCGGCGCUCUGGCCUUUAUCCUAUGCGUGGUGUUGCGCGCAUACAGGCUAGUUGCAGCUUAGAGGGGGUUUUAUUUUAAAAUAGAAUAGAAUAGAAUA